GGAUAGGAAGGUGUCUCCAUUUUAGCUUUAUGUAGUGUGAGGUCUGCAUGGUUUCCAAAGUCCAGUUUGAAAGGUGACAAUUUACAAUUCACAGUUAUGACAGCAAAGCAUUUGCACAAGGGAAAGGCAGACAGAACUCCGGUUUUUGUUCUUCUCUUCCCCAGGGCAGUAUGCAGAGUUCAUUCAAGAUGGGUACAAGGCUGGGUAAGGAUGGGUGAAAAUUGGAAGAGAAAUCCUGGUCCCUGUCAUUCUCCAAAAGUUUUAUGCAUACAAGUUCCUCCAUCUGCUCAGGAUACCUACUUACUGAAGGACCUGAAGCGAGGCCAGAAAUGCUACCUCUAUAGCAUCAUGAGAGUUUAUGACAGCAAACCUCUGAGGGAAAUGCUGUGCCAUCAGUACAUGCUCAAUCUCCAGCGCCAGAAUUUGCUGGGUCAUAUUACUGAGCAUGAAGUCAGGUUUUAUACCUCCUUCCUGGAUCAAGCUGAAGAGAGAGACCCAAGGAAGGUCUCAGCUAGAAACAGCACCUCUCUGAAGUCCAGUGUUGGGAGAACUCAGCUGGGAUUAACAGCCUGUAGUUCAUAGAAUGUAAGGCCAGAAGACAUCACUGUGAUCAUCUAGUCUGACCUGCCGUAUAAUACAGGCCAUAGAACUCCUCCAAAUAAUCCCUGUUUGAACUAGAACCUCUCUUUUAGGAAAAGAUCCAAUGUUGAUUUAAAAAUUGCCAAUGAUGGAAAUUCCACUAUAUCCCAUGACAAAUUGUUCCAAUGGUUAGUGUCAGUGUUAAAAAAUUGUGCCUUAUUUCCAGCCUGAAUUUGUCUAGCUUCAACUUCCAGCCGUUGGAUCUUGUGAUACCUUUGCCUGCUAGACUGAAGAGCCCAGUUUCAAUUUUGUAUUUCCCAGGUAGGCACUUACAAGAUAUGAUCACCCCUUAACCUUCUCUUUGUUAAAUCAGGUAGGAUUAGAAAAGGCAGCAUGGACAUAUUGAGGUCCCAGUGGAAAGAUGUCUGAUAACUGCCUGUCCUUCACUAACCUUUUUCUGUUAGAGUCAAACUCUGACAUUAAUUGAUAUCAACUAUCCCUCACUUAAACUUAAUCUCCAUCUUUUCCACCAAUCUGUAGGAAUUCACAGUGACUGAGUCCAGGCAGGUAGACUUUAUGGGGACUGGAGGGAAUGGCAGUUAGUCCAUCUUUCUGUGUUUAAAGCACUGGCUGUAUUUCAACGUUAAAACGUUUGCGAUGAAGACUGGCACUUCUGAGCUGUGUGGAGGUGGGGAUGGCUGUGUUGGCUGCCUUGAAGAGUGGAGAGGUAUGUGACAAGAGCAGGCUGGGAGCGGGCUGGAUGGCAGACAGCAUAAAGCAGCAUCCAUCUGGCUGUGGUACUGAUUUAGGCUGGGAUUUUCAAUGGAGACUAAGGUAGUUAGAUGUCCAAAGGCAAAAGACUUUCAGUGUAAAUCGGAUGCUGAACUUCCUUUGAAAUCCCAGCCUUAAACAUGAAAUGAAGAAUGUCAAUGUGUAAACAAAAUUAAAACUGUUCCACCAUAUGAACUUUCUGCUGGACAAAAUGGAGGCAGCUAAUCUUUUUAAAGUCUGGGAAGCAACUUGCAUGACCCUGGAUCCAAUCUUUUGUCUGUCUCCUCCCUUUAGGAACAAGACCCGGGUCCACUAGCUCCCAUUUAACUUCCUUCACUGUACUGCAUAUCUGCUUUGAGUUGAUCUGCACCCACCUCCAAGUGACACAGUGAGGGAUAUUGCAUACGCCAGAUAUUGUAUUCCUGCAUUCUACGAAGGGCUUUCCCAUCACAUCUAUGUCUGAAAGAACUGGGCCUCUUCUCCCCGGUACAGUUAGAUUCCAAACCUACCUCCCGUACCCCUAAGGAGGGCAACAGUGAGAUCAUCCUGAACCAUGCCCCCUUUAACAACCAGAAGACAGGAAUCCAAACCAACCUCUCUUGCCUUUAACUCUUGAGAAAGAAGGAGGAUGGAGAAAAUUCAAAAGAAUGCAGUAGGAUUAAGAAUUAGGAGAUGUUACAAAAAAUACUAACUUUGGUUGGGGCUAAUUGGCACCCCAGCUGACAGUCCGUGCAUAGAGGGCAGGGAUAAUACAGGCAUGGAGCAGAAGUGGUUUGUUCAGGCCAGGGCUGAAGCACAUUUGUGGUGAAGUGGGAGGAAGCUGGCACUGCUGCUGCCACUGCUGAAUGUGGUCUGUAAUUGGUCUGUAAUUAGAGGACAUCACUCUUCAAGGCUGUCAAUCCAGACCCUUUUCUGAGCACCAAAUUCACUUCAGUAGAACCAGCUGAAUUUUUUUCUAUCAAAACUGUCUUUCGAUGGAAAGUGGAUUUUUGACUAAAUGAGAGCUAAACUGGGUUUUCAGUGGAAAAUUUUGCCUUGGAAGACAUAGUCCAGCUAGGCAGGCUGGCCUAUAUGGGAGAGUGGGGGCAUGAGGCACCCAAACUACAACUCCCAUGAGUAGGGUGACCAGAUGUCCUGAUUUUAUAGGGACAGUCCCAAUAUUCAGGGCUUUGUCUUAUAUAGUCACCUAUUACCUCCAACCCCAUGUCCCAAUUUUUCACACUUGCUAUCUGGUCACCCUACCCAUGAAGCACUGUGGCAGCAUAGGAGGACACUGCCCUGUAACUAAACAUUGUAGCAAAAGGGUUCAGUUUUGAUUUUCCUGAUGGAAACUUUCAGUUUUGGCUGAAAAUAUCUGAUUUGCAGGUUUUUGAUAAAAAGUCGCAAUUUUCCACAGGGGGAAACGCCCCCCAGCAUUUUCUGAGCAGCUCUUCACUUAAUCAGGCUAAUUAUGCAGCAAUUAAAGGCCUUAUUGUUAGGCUAACAAUAAAUCUAAUUACAUUCAACUUUAUUGGGAUGAGUAAUAGCAAAGGGGGAUCCUGAUCAGCAGCACUCCAUCUGACCCAAUGAGAGCACAGGCUGCUGAAGACCUUGCAGGAUGAGGUCCCUUGGAUUGCUGGCAGUUUUCUGAUUUUGCCUCAAUUUUCUAGCCUUGGAGAGAACCACAAAGGCACAAAGUCUUAGUGACAUCUGCGUCUAUACAAUCAUAAUGAAUUGCUAAAUGCACCAGAGUUGAUGUAAAUAAAUCAUUGUAUCAGGCUCAUUUAGCCUGGUGCCUAUCGUCAAUUAACUUGUAAUACAAUCCCAGCACUGAAAAUCCCUUUUUCCUUUACAAUUAGAUUUAUCCCUAAUUAUAACUGGAAGACGUCCUGACAGCUUUGAAAUACUGAGUUGUACUAAAGCUCACAGCAAUAUUUAUUCAUUUAUUUAGAUUUUAAAACACCCAUCUGCAAAGAUCUAGAUGGCUCAAUGAUUAAUUAGACUUAUAGUGACAACCCAGCAAUAUUAAAAGCUUAUAUAUUGGUAACACAUUAACUCAGCCAACUAGUAAAUCAUAGCAGCACAAAAGCUCCUUUCACCUUAUGUCUUAUGGCAACAUACCUUCAACCUUCCCCCAAAACUCCAUCAAGGAAAUGGUGAACUAGUGGAAACCAGUCCCUACAUAACGACAGAAGAAGCAGGCCUUGAGUGACGGAGAACUUUUUUUCCUGAAGGUACCUCUUGAAGGACACAGCAACUGUUUAAGAGAUCACAGCAAGGUGCUCAGAUACUAUAGUGAUGAGUGCAGUAUAAAAACAUAAAUUGUAUAGAAUAUGUAAAGUUUACAUGACACUUCAGGGGAGUGAUGAAGAUUGGAGAAGGAAACUGGGGAGGUACACUGUAGUUGUACAAGAGAUGGAAUAUGGCACUGGGACUAGGACAUUUUGUAGGUUAACCUUUUUAAUAUCUUUUAGAGUAAGGUGUCUAAAAUACUGUUCCUUUUGCAAUGCUGUUCACUGUGCAAUAUUCUGCUAUCCUAUAUACACAUUCACAUUUUUCUAGGACACUUAGGAGACUUUAAUUUUUUACUGCUGAGCUCAUUCACAAAAUGUUUUCUCUAUAAGGCUCUUCGAUAUAAAAUAUAUCUCACAUAUUAUUUUUGACCCCCUCCCUCCCUGAGAGAGCCAUUUUAGAGAGGAGACAAUGUUUUGCCUCUGGUGAUCAGAGGUUAAUAACAGAUGGACUAUAAUCCUGUUCUGCACCAGCCUGGAAUCCAACCCAGCUCUACAUAUGAUUUCCUCCAAGGGUUUCGCUUUAGAAAACUACUAUUUUUUUAGCUAGCAAAGGGAGAUUCACAUUGUGGUAACAAUCGAGAGUUCCUUCUGUUCUCUUCCCUGGGUAAUGUUUUAUUGCUGAAAACAUAACAUAUCCUAUAUUAUGGAUCAAUUUCCAAAAACAUACUCUCUCACUGUAAUGAGAAUAUAUAAAAGACAAAACAAACCAUAAACAUUAGUGGUAUCUCAAGAUGAAAUUUUGUUAAGCAUGGCAUAUUGUUUUUGCAAUAUAUUUUACUACACCAUUACAACAUAUUAUUCAAUAUAGCGCUGUUAUCCAUUACUGUAGCUAUUUGGUAUAUACUGCCAAUUGAUUUAGCAGUUUAGUUGCAUCGUUCUGUAGAUUUUAGUAAACAGAAGACAUUGUGCUAGAUUAUGAGUAUGACUUGUGUGGCUGUGCAUGGUAGUAAGGUCUUGCAAGGUCGUGGAGGACCUACUGAAGACCCUGAGUCUAGGCAUGGUGGUGGGAAAGAGCAGAGGAAUCAUGCCUGCUAUUCCUCACAAUGUGAGCCACGAU